GACGACCGGGGCGAACGGAUACUAGUUCCUUUCACGUCACGAAUGACACGUGUAUUCAAGAUGGCGGCCGCGGCGAUGGCGACGUGGUUGGCCCUUCUGCUGUUGUCCAUGUUGCCUGGAGGAGUACAGGCCUUUUACGUGCCUGGAGUUGCUCCAAUGAACUUCCACCAGAACAGUGCUGUAGAGAUUAAGGCCGUGAAGUUGACCAGCUCCCGGACUCAGCUUCCCUAUGAAUACUACUCCCUGCCCUUCUGUCUGCCUGAUAAAGUGGUCUACAAAGCAGAGAACCUGGGGGAGGUGUUACGCGGGGACCGUAUUGUCAACACCCUGUACUCGGUACUCAUGACCCAGGACAGGAAGUGURAGGUGGUUUGUGCCAAGAUGAAACUCAACGUACAGCAGAGUAAGCUGGUGGCUGAGCGAAUUCAGGAGGAGUACUAUGUUCACCUCAUUGCGGACAACCUCCCAGUGGCUACGCGGCUGGAGUUCAACCCCAACAUAGAGGCAGGGGCUGAGGACAAGGAGGUGGUGAAGGAUGUUCAGUUUGAACAYGGCUACAGGUUGGGCUUCACUGACAACAACAAGUUCUACCUACACAACCACCUGUCCUUCAUCAUCUACUACCACAAGGAGAAGCUGGAGGAGGGGGAAGAGCACAACUACAGAGUUGUACGUUUUGAGGUGGUUCCCCAGAGUGUCAAGGUGGAGGACCUAAAGGUGGCUGAUAAGGGGGCAUGUACCCUGCCCGAGGCCACUAACUCAGCUCCUCAGGAGAUUGACCCCUCCAAGGACAACGACGUUCUCUUCACCUACUCUGUCCGCUGGGAGGAGAGCCAGGUGAAGUGGGCAUCUCGCUGGGACACCUACCUGACCAUGAGUGACGUGCAGAUCCACUGGUUCUCCAUCGUCAACUCCGUGGUGGUGGUCUUCUUCCUCUCUGGGAUCCUCAGUAUGAUCAUCAUCAGGACCCUGAGGAAGGACAUCGCCAACUACAACAGAGAGGAUGACAUAGAGGACACCAUGGAGGAGUCAGGCUGGAAGAAUGUCCAUGGKGACGUGUUCAGACCUCCACAGUAUCCCAUGAUCCUCAGCUCUCUGCUGGGCUCAGGCAUACAGCUCUUCUGCAUGAUCCUCAUCGUUAUCUUCGUGGCCAUGUUGGGGAUGCUGUCUCCUUCCAGUAGAGGGGCGCUGAUGACCACUUCCUGCUUCCUGUUUAUGUUCAUGGGUGUGUUCGGUGGAUACUUUGCUGGCAGACUCUAUCGCACGCUGAAAGGCCAUCGGUGGAAGAAGGGAGCCUUCUGUACGGCCACUCUGUACCCCGCCGUGGUCUUCUGCAUCUGCUUCGUUCUCAACUGUUUCAUCUGGGGAGAGCACUCGUCUGGAGCCGUCCCCUUCACCACCAUGCUGGCUCUACUCUGCAUGUGGUUCGGUAUCUCCAUGCCGCUGGUCUACUUGGGCUACUACUUUGGCUUCCGCAAGCAGCCGUACGAUAACCCCGUCCGCACCAAUCAGAUCCCUCGCCAGGUGCCUGAGCAGCGCUGGUACAUGAACAAGUUUGUGGGCAUCCUGAUGGCUGGGAUUCUACCGUUUGGUGCCAUGUUCAUUGAGCUCUUCUUCAUCUUCAGUGCAAUCUGGGAGAACCAGUUCUACUACUUGUUUGGUUUCCUCUUCCUGGUGUUCAUCAUCCUGGUGGUGUCCUGCUCCCAGAUUAGUAUUGUGAUGGUCUACUUCCAGCUCUGUGCAGAGGACUACCGGUGGUGGUGGAGGACCUUCCUGGUAUCAGGGGGCUCAGCCUUCUACGUCCUUGUUUACGCCCUUUUCUACUUUGUCAACAAGCUGGACAUUGUGGAGUUUACUUCCCUGUUGUACUUUGGCUACACGGCUCUCAUGGUCCUGUCCUUCUGGCUCCUUACAGGGACAUCGGCUUUUAACGCAGCAUACAUGUUCAUACGGAAGAUCAACGCUGCCGUCAAAAUCGACUGAGUUUUGUUUCAGCUGUUUGUUUUUGCCACAUUAUUUUUUGUUUUUUUACAAUUUUUAUUCUUUAUGUCCAACAAGCACUGGCUUGUUUGUGGACGCAAGGACGCGUGAGGUGGUGUUUGUGGAACAGUGACCGAUUUCCCCCCCCCCCCCCCCCCCCAUGGGCAUGGAGAGAUGACAGUAAGAGGCGCAGCCUGCAAACUCAACGAUUCCUCCUCCCUCUGUGAUUGGAUGUCCAGAGACAGAGACUUCCUCUUGGAAAGUCCAUGUUUUCUACUGUGUUUCACCUUGUACACACAACAUGGGCCAAAGCAUGUCAAAUGAAACCAUCUCUGUGUGUUUUACUGUCUGCUUUGGGAGCAAGCCUGGGUUCCACAGGAGGACUCAAGUGCAUUGGUUCAGAAUUUAACUUUAUCGUUUUAAAAUCAGUAAUAUUUUAGUCUGACUUCUUUCACAUACACUCUCUAUCUCUCUGUAAAGUACGUUUAUUUAUCUUUAUUCCAGAUACGUUUAUGAUCAGAGGAUGGUUUGGAGGUCACACUUGUAACAUCGCUAAUAAGUAUCAUUAUUUUUGUCAGAAAAUAUGCUGGGAAAUGGAAAUCUAACAUUGGAACAGGCAUGGAUAUUAAAAUAUUCAGAUAUUUUUACUGAAAUGUGACCAUUUCAGCCACAACUAAAAUCAUUAUCUCAAUUUGUCUCCCUGAAAACAAUUGUCUCUCAGAUUGUCUAAAAUGUAUCUUUAAAGCCACCGGAUUUCAAUGUGGAGAAGCAUAAAUGAAUUUUCUCUUUAAAUACUACUUGCAUAAAUUAAUUUUUUUCUUUAAAUACUACUUGCAUGAAAGACGGUUGAAAUAUGAAAUGUUAUGGAACGAAAGUAAAUUUUGAUGAAAAGUAGUAUUCCUCAUCUUCAAAUCACCUAUAUAAUUUCUGUGCUUUAACCUAGGAGUAACAAUGUGUUUAAAAUGGUUGGACACAUUGCAUUACUAGGCAAUGUAAACAGCUCCAUGAUCCCACUGAACUAUGCAUUUCUGUUUUUUAAGUAUAAGACUGUUCUUUGGUUUCAUAAAGGUCAUGUUAAAUGUUUUGAGUUUAACACAGUUUAGUGUCAGUGAGACACUGCUAUUCUAACAAGUUAUCUAUCAGUGUCGGUUAUCCCUGAGCGUCAAUGUCUUCUAGGAUUGUCUUAAACAUGAUUCUGUCAUUGAGCAUCUAAGUGGAAUACAGUUAUUUACCAUCAA